UAUAUUUAUGUAAUAAACAUGAUAAUAAGAGCAUCUGCAUUGGCGGAUCAUAUGGGGUUCAUGGGCUCGGGAUCUUAUGGCCUUUUGCGUUUUUAAAAUUUUAAAAAGGCCGAUAUUUGGUGAACCGGUUCGUCCGAAUGAUACCGUAUGAGACGGGUUCACGCGACGUGGCAAGAGGGCAUUGGUGGCGUUUUUUUUUGUAGAGUGAAGCGAAACAAGGGUUUCUCGAAAUGUUUCUCAUUUGGUCUUCUCUCUCAUUUCACUCCGCCUCCUUGGUGAUUUAUCGUACGACGGUUCUACCCGGAGCUUUUCUCCACGACGACGACGCCGGAGCUUUCCUCUACAAGCUCAGAUGGACCCAGCCGAAGAGAGAAGAGAGAUGAAGAGGCAAAAGGAGCACUACAUGAUGCUUCAAUGCGCGGCUGAUGCGCAAUACGGGAUUCCGACGAGGUGUCUGUGUGGUUCGCGCAUCAUUAACGAGGUUCGUGGAAAGGAGGAGUACGACAGCCUUCCUGGGAAGCGUUUUUUCACGUGCAAGAACUACGAGGAUGAUGGGUUGCAUUUUCGUCAUCCUUGGGUGUUUGGUGUCCAGGAGGAGAUCGAGAGUCUGACAAAACGUGUGAAGGAGUCCGAGGAGGUGACUCUUUUGGUGGCAAAACUCAAUAAACAGAUUGAAACACUGGCGGAACAGGUUCACGACCUCAAUGUCAAAGUACGUGUCCUACAGAAGGUCUGCUUCGACUAAAAAUAGAAGGUCACGGGCAUCAAGUCACAAGUUCGCAAGUCACGGGUAGUGUUUAUGUUUUGUCUGUUUUAUGUCUAGUUGCUCAGAUUGUGUAGCAUUUUCCUUCUGACUACACUUUCUUUUCACUUGUUUCACGGAUGUAAUGAAGACACCCACGGGUGUAUGUACUAAAAACUUGGUUCACGGAUUUGUAAACACCCACGGGUGUAUUUGUAUGGAUGCUCUAUAUAUAUUAUGUCUUUCGUUAUCUGAAAACCUUCACAGAAGAAGGAAAAAACAUAAAACCUCGUUCCCUGUCUUUCUUUAUCUUUCAUUAUCUUUGCAAACCAAAACUAUCAUAAAAACUCAUUCCCCAUCUUUCUUUAUCUUUCAUUUUCUUUCCAAAACACUCGACACUUGAACAAUGUCGACCUCGUCAAGUGAUGAAGUCGAUGAAAUUCUAAAUGAAGCCUUUGAAGAAAUUGUGGAUCAACAUCUUGAUAAUUUCAUCGAUUCAGUCAUUAAUGUUCAAGACAACACCCGGAGUAGACGAACUUAUAUCGAAAGAGAUCGAGAACAAGGACAGAAACAGCUUUGGGACGACUAUUUUAGUGAUCAUCCUACAUAUUCAGCAGACAUGUUUAGGCGGCGUUUUCGAAUGAACAAGCCAUUGUUCCUCCGCAUUGUCGAUCGCCUAAGUAAUGAAGUUCCAUACUUUCAGCAAAGAAGAAAUGCUCACGGCAGGUACGGACUAACUGCACUUCAAAAAUGUACGGCGGCUAUACGUAUACUAGCAUAUGGUCAAUCGGGAGAUAUGUAUGACGAAUAUCUCCGACUUGGUGAGAGUACAUCACGUUUAUGUUUGGAAAAUUUUACUAACGGAAUAAUAAAUUUGUUUGGAAAUGAGUAUCUAAGAAGACCUACACCGGAGGAUCUUCAACGAUUACUCGAUCUUGGAGAGGCACGCGGGUUUCCAGGUAUGAUCGGCUCGAUCGACUGUAUGCAUUGGCAGUGGAAAAACUGCCCAACGGCUUGGAAAGGCCAGUACACACGUGGUUCAGGGAAGCCGACAAUUGUCUUAGAAGCUGUGGCAUCACAAGAUCUUUGGAUAUGGCACGCAUUUUUUGGAUUACCAGGUACUCUCAACGAUAUCAAUGUUCUUGAUCGGUCACCAGUUUUUGAUGACAUUUUACAAGGUCGAGCACCAAAAGUUAAGUUCAAGGUCAAUAACCACACAUAUCGUAUGGCUUACUACCUUACUGACGGAAUAUAUCCAAACUGGGCAACAUUUAUCCAAUCCAUCCGACUUCCUCAAGGUCCUAAAGCAGAGCUAUUUGCCGAACGUCAAGAAUCUACCCGAAAAGAUGUCGAACGGGCUUUUGGAGUUUUGCAAGCGAGGUUUGCAAUAGUUAAAAACCCGGUUCUAGUAUGGGACAAGGAAAAAAUAGGACAGAUUAUGAAAACUUGUGUCAUAUUGCACAAUAUGAUUGUAGAGGACGAACGAGGCGGAUACACUCUAACUGAUACAUCUCAGUUCGAGUCGGGAGAGACAAGCAGAAGUUCCAAGGUGAAAAGUAGAACAAGUUUUAAUGUCGGUAAUAUGCUAGGCAUUCGCAAUGAUCUUCGGGAUUCAGAGAAACAUGAUCGUUUGAAAGCUGAUUUAGUUGAAAACGUUUGGCAAAAAUUUGGUAACGAAGAUGAAUAAAAUUUGUAUGUUCAAGAAUUCUCAAAGUAUUCAAUAAUAUGUAUUUGGAAUAUAUUUGUUUAUGUAAUCUAUUUUAAACAAAAUUUUUUAAAAAAUUAUUAUAUUUUAUUCAUUUAUUGUCAUAUAUUAAAAACUUUAAAAAAUAUUAUUUUAUUCCUAUGAACCCCUUUUUUAGGUUCACCAAUGCAGCAGCACAAUAUGUUGAGGUUCAUCACUAUUUAUGGGACCAUCAAAAAAUUAAUAAAAAAUUCUUAUGAACCCCAAGAAGGGGUUCACUAAUGCAG